ACUGCAAUAUAAUUUUUAAAAGUGUAACAAAAUAUAUUUAUUUAUUUUAUUUUAUUGGUUUUAAUGACUGAUUUGUGUCCCGCACGUGGCUCAAACCGCCCUCCUGUUGUUACAUAAUCCAACAUGGCGGCCACCGUUGGCAGACUGCUCAGAACCUCUGUUCGGGUUGCAGCUGGAGGGCUGAAAGUUGCAGCUGCUUGCCAGCAUGGAGUUGGCGGCGCUGCCAGGGUCCUUUCUGCUCCUGUUCUCCAGAAAUCCUUUUUCUCCACCGGCUCCUCCAGAUGGGCGGCCGCCGUCACUCAGCCGGCGCCUGGCUUUAAGGCCACAGCUGUCCACAACGGGGAGUUCAAGGACCUGAGUCUGGCUGACUUCAAGGGAAAAUACCUCGUCCUUUUCUUCUACCCUCUGGACUUUACGUUCGUGUGUCCGACGGAGAUCAUCUCGUUCAGCGACAAGGCCAAGGAGUUUCACGACGUCAACUGUGAGGUGGUGGGCGUGUCUGUGGAUUCUCACUUCACCCACCUGGCCUGGAUCAACACGCCACGAAAGGCUGGAGGUUUAGGAAACAUCCACAUCCCUCUGCUGUCGGACCUCAACAAGCAGAUCUCCAGAGACUACGGGGUUCUGCUGGAUGGCCCGGGAAUCGCACUGAGGGGCUUAUUCAUCAUCGAUCCAAACGGUGUGGUGAAGCACAUGAGCGUCAACGACCUGCCGGUGGGUCGGAGCGUAGAGGAGACGCUGCGUCUGGUGAAGGCCUUCCAGUUUGUCGAGACGCACGGAGAGGUUUGUCCAGCCAGCUGGACGCCGAAGUCGCCCACAAUCAAACCGACCCCUGAAGGAUCGAGGGAAUACUUCGAGAAAGUCAACUAACUGUUCGGUGAAAAUUACAGAAAAUAAAAAGCUUCUUAGUUUAUUGAUAAAUGUGUUUGACAACCUCCUGGCUUUGAUUCGUCUGGACCAGUUUGUGUUUCUGUUGAUCAACAAUUCGCAUCUCUACUGUAUGAAGAUAAUAAAAAUCAUGCUGAGUAACCCCUGUACAUAAACAUGUUUAUUUUCUUUUUACAGCAAGUUAAUAUGCAGGUUCAAAAUGUCUGACAUUGGUACACAACAUGAAGUGCCAAAAAUCAACCAAAGUGGGAGAAAACUGGAAAUUAGAAAAAAAGGCAUUUGCCACUUCUCAUACAAGUAGGGUACAUACUGUAUUUACACAAAAUAGGGAGAAACACUCUGCAGCACAGUGUGGUGAUGAAAACAUCUAGUUUUAGGUGUACAUAAACUUUACUUUGUACAGUAGCAGAAACGAAGCACCGCCUCGUUUCUGCAGAUAAACGAUGUUUUUCUUUUUACUGAAGCUUAGCUUACCGAAAGACGUGGGCCCUCUUUAAAGCUUUGAAAUCCAAAUAAAAAACGUCCCCCAAAAGAAGAAAAGUGGGUCGAAAUGUGGCCUUAAGAGUUCGAAACAGAAAAAAAUGGAGGCAGAAUUUGAUGAAGAUGGUUAAUGUGGAAAAAAUUUCAUGCAGUUUCAGGCAAGCUGUAACAGCGCCCACCCCAAGCACCGAACUAAGAGAAAAACAAAUCAAUGCAACUAAAGGAUUCAUUAAAAAAAAAAAAAGACCCUGUAGUAAAACUGUACAACGAAAAUACAUUUGGGAUCUACAUCUAAAGGUACAUUAUUAAGGUUAUAUACACGCCACCCCAUCCAUAUAUUAUCUUUACAUGUAGACUUCAUUCAACCCAAACAUUUAGAAAACAAGACUAACUUGGAGAUGGGAUCACAUCAAACGGCCAUUAAAAAAAACAAAAAAUAAAAUCAGUUCUUCACCUCAGCUGCUGAUCAGUUUCUGUCCAGUGCAGAAACCCGACAGCAGGGCCAGAACCUCACCAACUGGAUGGACUGCUUCUGGAGAAUUAAGCCGCCAAACGGAGGUUUUUGUCGUUUUCAGUGAAAGUAAAAGAACAAACCACGGUACGGCAGAGAUACGACAACACUUCGAGUGACUUCCAGGAGUACAAAAUAGAAACGAACCCGGCUCCUGAAUAACUCGACGCAACAGAACCAAGGCUUUCCGAACGCUCCGGCCUCUUCACUGAAGAGAGCUACACUACUCCGUCGUCUCGUUUGGGACUGGCUCGGGGGGAAAAGAGAGAAAAGUCGGCUUUAAACAUUCAACCCUCCCAACCGUUUCCUAAAGCAACUGAUUAAAAAAUAAAAACCUUGAGUUUCACAUCUCCUCCACAGAUUUCCCCCUCUUAAAGUCACGGUGAAUUUAUUCAGAAAAAACAAAACAA